AUGUGUGUUUGCUUGACAGUCUGUUAUAUUUGCUAGGUAUAUAUGGAUCGAUAUUCCAUUAUAAUUAGCCAAUCAUGUUAAGACUGUCUAUUGAUUUGUUCAUUUGGAAUAUUCGCUCACACACUUGUGUGACAUUGCUUCUCCUUGUGUUUGGAAAAUAGAAGUAUCAUCGCAAACCUAGUGGUCUUCUGAUUUCCGUCUUUCUUGCGUCAGGACUAUUAAAUUCUCGACCAGUACAUAACAAUAAUUUGGCGACGGGGAAAACUAUGGACUCUUCUAAAUUGGAAUUACUAUUUGAACAACAAAUGAAAUUAAUGGAAAUGUUCGUCAACCAACAGACUGGUCCAACUUCACCUUCAAGCAAUCUGAAUCAUACCAUGCUACCAUCUGUCGACGGAAUUGUGAAUAGUAUUUCACAGUUCAAUUAUAAUCCAGAUGCGAAUGUCACUUUUGACACAUGGUAUCAACGAUAUGAGGAUUUAUUCACUGUUGAUCUCGCCUCACAAGACGAUGCUUGGAAGGUGCGAGUGUUGUUACGUAAAUUGGGUCCCGCAGAAUAUGAGAGGUACUGCAACCUAAUUUUACCCCAAAAACCACGUGACAAGUGUUUCGAUGAUACAAUAAAGCUGCUGCGUGAACAUUUUGGAGACCACUCCUCAUUAUUCAGCAUACGUUAUCGUUUCCUCAAGCUGACAAUGAAUGAAAAUGAUGAUUUUCUUACUCACGUUGGCACAGUCAACCGAGAAUGUGAGAGAUUUCGACUCAGGUCCUUAACAGAUGAUCAAUUCAAAGCCUUGAUUCUCAUAUGCAGUCUUCAAUCUCCUCGUUUCACAGAUAUCCGAACUCGACUGCUCAAUCAGCUAGAAAAAAAUCCUAAGUUAACAUUACAUGACAUAGCUGAUGAAUAUCAACGGCUGAUUAAUUUGCAGAAAGACACACACCUGGUCGAAUCAACACCUUCGAGAAGCUCUGAUAUUCAUGCAUUACGAAAGAGCAAAAAUCUCUCAUCAUCCACUCCUGACCCACCUUCUUCUAAUGUUCCGCGGAAAUCUACACAUACUCGUCCAACUUCACAAAAUACUGCAAAGAAGACCCCACCAUCACCAUGCUGGCAUUGUGGCGCGUGGCACUUUGUAAAGUCUUGUCCAUACAAAAAUCAUCGUUGCAGCAAGUGCAAAAUCAUUGGUCAUAAAAAUGGUUUUUGUCAGCCACGCAAACCCAGAUAUCAUAAUCCAGCGAAAGCUCGACAAACUGUUGGUCCUAAAUCCCCAAAAAGGUCAAUGAGUCUAGUCGCAACCUGUCAAGUCACAACACCAGGUAUGCGGAAAUAUAUUGACCUUCAGAUGAAUGGUCAUGAUGCACGUCUGCAGCUAGAUACCGCCUCUGAUAUUACUGUUAUAUCAGAGAAACUUUGGAAUAAUAUUGGCAGACCACCAAUCGCAAAUACUUCUCAGACUGCUGUCAGCGCCUGUGGUGGGCGGCUCAAACUAAUUGGUGAACUCAAAUGUUCUGUUUCAUUCCGCAAUAUCAAAUUCACAGGAAUUUGCUACGUCACCAAGAGUGAUUUAAAUCUUUUGGGACUUGAUUGGUUCGAUCGUUUGCAUCUGGCUGAUGUCCCACUAAAUUCUCUAUGCAAUGCAGCCAAGAAACAUAAAAUGUCAGACAAUUCCGGACGAAGCCGAAGCCGCAAACCCAACAGGCAGACGAAGCGACAGACGUCAACAACAAGCUCAACGGUUCCAGAUAAACCCCCAAGAAAACACCCUACUAAUCAUCAAUCUUCUCAAAAGGGGAGGUGAUAUAUAUAUCCAUAUAAUAUGUGUGUUUGUUUGACAGUCUGAUCUUGGUGAUGUAUCCAUAUAAUAUGUGUGUUUUGUUUGACAGUCUGAUAUAUUCUGCUAUGUAUAUAUGGAUCGAUAUUCCAUUAUAAUUAGCCAAUCACGUUAAGACUGUCUAUUGAUUUGUUCAUUUUGAAUAUUCGCUCGCACACUUGUGUCCACACACUUGUUCAGACAUUCAUAUAUAUUUGCUCUCACACUCUUGUGUGACAUUGAUUCUCUUUGUGUUUUGGAAAAUAGAAGUAUCAUCGGAAACCUAGUGGUCUUCUGAUUUCCGUCUUUCUUGCGUCAGGACUAUUAA